AUUAAGGAAAUCUGAUGGCAGGUAAAGGAGACGCGCCGAAGCCUAAGCGCGAAACAAGCGCAUUUGUGAAAGAUUUUCUAGCGGGAGGUAUAUCAGCUGCCGUGUCUAAGACCGCUGUGGCUCCGAUUGAGCGAGUUAAAAUCCUAUUGCAAGUACAGGAUGUCCACAAACACCUUAAAAAGGACAAGAAAUAUAAAGGUAUUAUCGAUGUCUUAGUCAGAGUACCCAGGGAGCAAGGAUUUUUCUCUUUAUGGCGCGGCAACUUCGCAAAUGUUAUACGAUAUUUUCCAACACAAGCGCUAAAUUUCGCUUUCAAGGAUAGAUACAAGACUCUUUUCCUUGGUGGUGUCAAUAAGAAUACAAACUUUUGGAAAUAUUUUGCUGGAAAUUUGGCGUCAGGUGGAGCCGCGGGUGCGACAUCUAUGUGUUUUGUGUACCCUCUAGAUUUUGGACGAACCAGAUUAGCUGCAGAUAUCGGUAAAGGAAAACAGAAACGCGAGUUCAAUGGACUUAUUGACUGCCUGCUCAAGACUAUUAAGUCAGAUGGACCAUUGGGCUGGUACCGUGGAUUUAUUGUGUCCGUACAGGGAAUAAUAAUAUAUCGUGCGACGUACUUCGGAUUCUUCGACACGGCAAAAGCAUUUUUCCCUGAUCCAAACAACACUCCGCUGUUAUUAACUUGGUUCAUUGCUCAGAGUGUCACUACAUUUGCGGGGAUCUGUUCUUACCCUCUGGACACGGUGCGACGGCGAAUGAUGAUGCAGUCCGGUAUACCACCAGAACAGCGUCAAUAUAAGAGUACUGCACAUUGCUGGGCAGUAAUAUUGAAAAAAGAGGGAUUCCGGGCAUUCUUCAAAGGUGCUUUCUCUAACGUGCUAAGAGGAACUGGUGGAGCGUUUGUCCUUGUAUUAUACGACUAUAUCAAGAAGUUAUUGUGA